AGAGCAAAAAUGGCAGCGAUAACGCGAGUGGCGGCUGUUGCAACAAAGCUAUGCGUUCUAGGGAGAAAUCUCGGGAGCCAGGCAGCGCGGGGCGCCGCGGUCCGCAGUUCUGGUAGUCAGCCAGUCUCCGUAAACGAGCGCAUCGAGAACAAGCGCCGCGCCGCGCUACUGGGAGGGGGUCAGAGCCGCAUAGACGCGCAGCAUAAGCGGGGAAAGCUAACGUCCAGAGAGCGGAUUAGUCUCUUGCUAGACCCUGGCAGCUUUGUUGAGAGCGACAUGUUUGUGGAACACAGAUGUGCAGAUUUUGGAAUGGCUGCUGCUAAGAAUAAGUUCCCUGGAGACAGUGUGGUCACUGGACGGGGCCGAAUCAAUGGAAGAUUGGUUUAUGUCUUCAGUCAGGAUUUUACAGUGUUUGGAGGGAGUCUAUCAGGAGCACAUGCCCAAAAGAUCUGCAAAAUCAUGGACCAGGCCUUGACGGUGGGGGCUCCGGUGAUUGGACUGAAUGAUUCCGGAGGAGCACGAAUCCAGGAAGGGGUGGAGUCCUUGGCUGGCUAUGCAGACAUCUUUUUGAGGAAUGUCUUAGCUUCCGGAGUCAUCCCACAGAUUUCUCUGAUCAUGGGCCCAUGUGCUGGUGGGGCUGUCUAUUCCCCGGCUCUAACAGACUUCACGUUCAUGGUAAAGGACACUUCCUACCUGUUCAUCACUGGCCCUGAUGUUGUGAAGUCUGUCACCAAUGAGAACGUUACCCAGGAGGAACUUGGUGGUGCCAAGACCCACACCACCAUGUCAGGUGUGGCCCACAAAGCUUUUGAAAAUGAUGUUGAUGCCUUGUGUAGUCUACGGGAGUUCUUCAACUACCUACCCCUCAGCAAUCAGGACCCGGCUCCCAUCCGUGAGUGCCAUGAUCCCAGUGACCGUCUAGUUCCUGAGCUUGACACAAUUGUCCCUUUGGAGUCUACCAAAGCCUACGACAUGGAGGACAUCAUACACUCUGUAAGCUGUUUGGAUAUUAAUUCAUCUGUGAAAGGGGCUCGUUUUGUCCGGUUCUGUGAUGCAUUCAACAUUCCACUCAUCACUUUUGUUGAUGUCCCUGGAUUUCUACCUGGCACAGCACAGGAGUACGGGGGCAUAAUCCGGCAUGGCGCUAAGCUGUUGUAUGCAUUUGCUGAGGCAACUGUCCCCAAGGUCACGGUCAUCACCAGGAAGGCCUAUGGAGGUGCCUAUGAUGUCAUGAGCUCCAAGCACCUUUGUAGUGACAGCAACUAUGCCUGGCCCACAGCAGAGAUUGCGGUCAUGGGAGCAAAGGGUGCUGUGGAGAUCAUCUUCAAAGGGCGUGAUAAUGUGGACGCUGCUCAGGAAGAAUAUAUUGAGAAAUUUGCCAACCCUUUUCCUGCUGCAGUGAGAGGGUUUGUUGAUGACAUCAUCCAACCUUCCUUUACUCGUGCCCGAAUCUGCUGUGACUUGGAUGUCUUGGCCAGCAAGAAGGUGCAGCUUCAAGAAAUGUUUUACCAGGUUGAUGCCAAGAAUGGCUUGUGCCUGGGCCUGCUGCAGGAGGUCGAGUUACUUGGGUUAGAGAAAAUUCAGUCUGGCAAGGCACCUGGGAUAGAGAGGCUCCUGGGAAGUCUUGAAGCAAAGAUGGUGGGGAAAAUCCCAUUCAGAAACCCAGCUGAGACCAAGGAAACAUGA